AUGACAAGCCGAAGGCAAACUGCAGAGUCAAACCUCCAUGAUCCUAUGAGAAAGGAGCUUGGAAUUGACUCAAAUGCAGAAGACAAGCACGGAUGGUUCGCCAGAAGUGGACACUUUCAGUCAGAAACUGUGGAAAAUAUGGAGAACGCUCCGGAAGACAAGCAGCUUCAUGAGUGGAAGUCAAAGAAGAUAGCCGACACCCUAGCUGUGGUAAAAACACUAGCGAAGGUACGCUCCGACGCCCACACAGCUUCUUCACAAGAACACCACACCGUUCUCGCAUCGCUUGCCGUCGUCGUUUGGACAUUCAAACCAGAGGACGAGGAUUCUUCUCCAGAUGCUAAGGAAGCAAAACUCGACAAACAUUUCUACUUCAAGGCACAUCAUUCUUCGUGGCGUGAGACAACGGAGAUAGUGUCAAGAAGACAAGCCACAUACUCUUGGAAGAGUAAAAAAACUGAAGAUUCGGAUUAUCGAUCGGACCUGUCGAACCAUACGAAGACGGGAAUGAUCACCGAUAACGAAUUCUUCACAAUCAAAGACACAGGAAACUGUGCAAGACAAAAGCACCGAUCAGGACAAGCAACAUCAAACGUCGCUGAUUCGGGAAACUGA